AAAAAAGAAAAAAAAAAUCUCUGAAAAAUAUGUUUACACAGAAUUCAUCCAAUGAUCGACUGAACAACCCCUUGAUUAUGAACGCACCUUUAUGAAGAUAGUAUACAGUAAAGUUGGGAGGAUGGAGCGGAGAGUAGAAAAGUGGGGAUGAAAAAAGGGGAAAAAGAGAGAGAGAGAGAGAGAGAGACAGAGGGGGAGAGAGAGAGAGAGAUACAUAGCGUGUAAAAGAAAAGGAGAGGGAGGCGAGGGUCGGUCGUCCCGAAGAUGGCGUCGGCAGUGUGCGCGACGCUCCGCGUCGAGGACGAGAGACGAGGACGGUGGCGAACGAGAAAGAUUCAAUUUGUGUGUUUCGUGUAUUCGAAUAGUAGAAUAUAUCGUGGUAGAUCAUCGUAAUAGAAGAGGAAUAAUAAACGGAAGAAAUCGAACGUAUCGGGGACACCCUCGGCUUUUAAACCUUGUACACAUUAAAUGGGCCAAUCCGGUGACGGCUUCGUCCUAUUGCAUAUUCUCUCUUUAUCAUACACAUAAAUACAUAUACCUAACGUAUAUGUAUAUGUAUAUAGGCAUAUACAAGAAUAUAUAUAUAUAUAUAUAUGUACGUAUAUAAAUACACACACAUAUAUAUAUAACAUAUACAAAUCAAGGUCCGUUCUACCCCAUCUCGAGUGACAGGCGGCCGCUUACGUAACGGAUUAUUCUCGCUAUGAUAACGAUACUCCAGGCGCGAAUACGAAACGACAGAAACGAUCCUUCGAACGACGGGUUAUUCGCGGCGCUGCCUGCGACCCUGCCAGAAAUACGUCGUGACUGACCCGAAUAAUCAUCUCCUCCUCAUCCUCCUCUUCCUCCAUCUCCUACUCCUCUUCCUCUUCUUCUUCCUCCUCCACUCUUCCUAUCCAAUACUUCCACCUCGUUCCUUCUUUACGUAGUCCACGACGUCGUCGGCGACUACAUCUCGUCCACCUACUCUUGUUUCGAUAUAUCUAUAUAUUUAUAUAUAUAUAUAUAUAUAUAUAUAUAUAUAUAUAUAUGUAUAUGCAUAUGCAUAUAUCGUUACCUGUGUGGCGUCUGUGAAAGCGUCCCGCCGGGAUUCCUUCCUCUCGUUUACCGCAACGGUUACAGACCGACCUGCAAAUAUACGGAAAGGAAAGGAAAUUAUGACAGCUGCGCUCGUCAUGGAAAACGUUAACUGGGAUCCCGCAUUAUCGAAACUUCUCAAUUCUCUGAGGGAAAACAAAUCGGAAAUACCAAGCUGUACCGAGGAAGAGUUCGGUUUUCUCAGUGAGCUAUUACAAUCGAAGGAGUUGAACGCCUUGGUAACUGUUCACAAUAAGAUCUUAAACAAUGUCAAGGACGAUAAGUUCUUUCCUGUGUUAUCAAACUCGAUGGACAUUGAUAUCGAGGUGCUCGACUUAUUGUCCACGAAAACUCACAUCUCGGAAGAGUAUAAAGAACUUUUUCAUCUUUUGCAAAAGCCACAUAUGCAGGGUUUACUCUGUGCACACGAUGCCGUUGCCCAAAAGGAUUACUAUCCCAGAUUACCUGAGAUUCCAUUGGAAGUCGACGAGGAUGAAGAGACAGUGAAGAUCGUACAGCUGGUCAAGUCGAACGAGCCCUUGUGCGGCGCCGGGGUCGAACCGAUCGUGGGGGCGACCAUAAAGACCUGCGAGGUCACUGGGAAAAUCGUGAUCGCACGAAUAAUGCAUGGUGGUGCAGCCGACAGAUCUGGCCUUAUUCAUGUUGGUGAUGAAGUCUGCGAGGUGAAUGGUAUCAGCGUUGAAGGGAAGACACCAAAUUGUGUCCUUAAAAUACUGCAAAAUUCGGAAGGUACGAUAACGUUUAAGAUCGUACCAGCGGACAGCAAAGGUGGAAUCAGAGAAAGCAAGGUACGAGUGAGAGCACAUUUUUCAUAUAAGGCAUCGGAAGAUCCUUAUAUACCGUGCAAGGAAGCUGGAUUAGAUUUCGUCAAAGGUGAUGUCUUGCACAUCGUUAGCCAGGACGAUGCGUAUUGGUGGCAAGCCAGAAGAGAAGGUGAUCGAAACAUGAGAGCGGGUUUAAUACCCAGUAGAGCACUUCAGGAACGUAGGAUCAUUCUCGAGAGACAACAAAAGGAUAAAACCGACGAUGACAAUAUAAGCUUGUGUUCUGUUCCAGUGCCUUUGCCUGCAUUGUGCCCCCGUCCCAGUACCUCUUUGCACGCCUCGCCUACAAAGUGCAACUUGCAGGGAAUAAAAACUAAAAAAAUCAUGUAUGACGCUGCAGAAAACGACGACUUCGACCGAGAAGAGGUACCGACCUACGAAGAGGUCGCCAAGCUAUAUCCAAGGCCGGGUCUCUACAGACCCGUUGUUCUUAUUGGACCACCUGGUGUCGGCAGAAACGAACUCAAAAGAAGGCUGAUGGUUACCGAUCCUGACAAGUACAAGACACCAGUGCCCUACACCUCGAGACCACCGAGACCAGGUGAAAUAGACGGGAAGGAGUAUUAUUUCGUUACUCGUGAAAAAAUGGAAGAGGACAUUGAUACUGGCAAAUUCAUCGAGUUCGGUGAAUACAAAGGGAAUCUUUAUGGUACUAGCGCGGAGAGCGUAAGCUCGCUGAUCAAUGCUGGAUACGUUUGCCUGUUAAAUCCACAUUACCAGGCACUUAAAAUGCUUAGAACGCCACAGUCAAAGCCAUACGUGAUUUAUAUCAAACCGCCUAGAUUCGAGAUACUAAAGGAGACCAGGAACGAGAACAGAGCUAGGUCGACAUUCGACGAGAGCAACUCACGAGGUUUCACGGACGAGGAAUUCAACGAGAUAUUGCACAGUGCGGCUAGGAUAGAAUUCCUUUAUUCCCAUCUAUUCGACGAAGUCAUCGUCAACGCUGAUCUCUCAAUAGCUUUUGAACAAUUAGUCAAUGCAGUUCAUAGAGUCGAAUCCGAACCACUUUGGGUUCCAGCUUCUUGGGUGCAAUGAAUCCCUAUUAUCUCGUAUCACGUCGAGUUUGAACUAUACAUACGGGAUAGACGAAAAUUAAGAUAAUGCGGACGAACACAAAAAGAAGAUAGAGAGAGAGAGAGAGAGGGAGGGAGAGAGAGAGAGAGAGGGAGAGAGAAAGAGAGAGAGA